CGCCCCGGCUCGGAAGAUUCUGAUUGGCUCCCCGGCGCCGGUUGACGGGUGGGGCCAAGAUGGCGGUGUCUGAGGUACAGCAGCUGCAAAGCCGCCUCGACGCCUUGGAAGAGCGGAUGUUCGGGGCCCCCGCCGGAGCCGCGUCCGCGGGGGCCCCCCGGAAAAUAACAGAUGGCUUGGGCAAAGUUCAAGGCGCCUUGGGAAACAUUGCAAGCAAAAGAGAGAGAGUUAAAAUUCUGUUCAAAAAAAUUGAAGACAUCCUCAAAUACCUGGAUCCCCAGUACAUUGACCGAAUGGCCGUGCCAGAUGCCAUGAAGCUGCAGUUCAUAUUGGCAGAAGAACAGUCCAUCAUGGCACAGGCAGCACUUCUGGAACAGGUGAAGAGCCUGCAACCCUAUUUGGACAGCGCACACAUCAAAGCUUCUUCUGAUCAUGCCACCAAGCUCCAGCGACUUUCACAAAUACACCUUCAGCAGCAGGAUCAGUGUGAAGCUGUGACCGAGAACAUCCGGUUACUUCUGGAAAAUUACAACAAAAUGACCCUCCUCCUUUCCAAACAGUUUGUCCAGUGGGAUGAGAUGCUGACCCAGCUGGAAGCCGCAAAGCAGGUGAAGCCCAUACCUGAGUGAAGGCCAGGCUUUGGAAUCCUUCUGUUGGGCUCCAGGUGGAUCUCCUCCUUCAGAUCUCAGAUCUCCCAUGUUAACAGCUCUUGCCGAGGAACUGGUAGAACUCCUGAGCUUCAUCCGGUAUCGUGGUGUCCAGGGGUAUCCAAUCUUGGCAACUUUAGGACUUGUGGACUUCAACUCUGGCUGGGAAAUUCUGGGCGUUGAAGUCCACAUGUUUUGAAGUUGCCCAGGUUGGAGACCCCUGGUGACAUCUAUCUGGAAGCUACGUCCUGACCCUUUGGGGCUAAAUGAUAUCAUCUUUAGAGUUUAAUUUAUUUUUAGUCUUCAUUCAGCCAAUUUGUGAGGAACGCAUGAUUUGUCAAAAUACCUGUUAUUGUGGACCAUAAUAAAAUCCUCAUGAAUCCUCAA